UCUUACGAUUUCAAAGAGCGAGGAAACAAUGAGACGAUAUUCAUAUUCUCGUCGACAACAAAUUAUUCCGGAAGAAUAUCGAUCGUGCGAAGUGAGCAUAUCGUCCGCUCGUGCGUCGGUAAUGGUAUAUGACGACGUUAAUAAAAAAUGGGUACCAAGUGGCAGUUCCUCAGGACUCUCCAAAGUUCAGUUAUACCAUCAUCAAGUGAACAAUACAUUUCGCGUAGUGGGAAGAAAGUUACAGGAUCACGAAAUCGUUAUCAAUUGCGCGAUCCUCAAAGGAUUAAAAUACAAUCAAGCGACAGUCACAUUUCAUCAAUGGCGAGAUAACAAACAAGUGUAUGGUCUGAAUUUCUCCAGUAAGGAUGACGCCGAUGCAUUUGCUAGGGCGAUGUUACAAGCACUCGAUGUAUUGAGCAAUGGAAGCAAUAUAUCGAGAAGUCUUGCACCUGCCUCAGCUACUCAACAGCAAUCCGUCUUUCAGCAACAGCAACCUACUAAUGCUCAAUAUGAUGAAGAUAUGGGAUAUAGAACCAUGACCAGAGAAGAUGUAGCAAUUAUUCAGGAACGCAGAAUGUCUCAACAAAGCCAAGCAACAAAUAGUCCGAACGCAAUAUCUCCAAGUUGUCCUCUCGCAUCGCAGCAACAGCAACAACCGACUCCACAACAGCAACAACAACAACCACCUCAACAAUCUAUGCAACAACAACAAACACAGCCGCCAGCUCCACCACAACCUCCGCAACAACAACAACAACAACAACAACAUCAAGUACAGCAGCAGCAGCAACAAUCGCAACCAUUGCAGCAACAACCACAAUCCGGUCAUCACAGAACUUCGUCAGCACCUCCAGCUCCGCAACCUCAGCAACAAACUGUUAUACAAUCGAUGCAAGUUACCGGUGGUAUUGGAACUAGUGCAGGACAAAUGACGAGCGGAGGUGCACCUCCAGUACCUCCACCGCAGCCACCUAUGGCGUCAGCAGCUCCACCGUGUCCACCGGCAAUGAUAAACUUUAACGUCCCGGUACCACCACCUCCAAUGAUGAUGAGCCAAUAUGCGCAAUCCCCAUCUUCUCAAUCAAAUUUGCCGAAUCAAUCGCAAGCACAGUCAAUUUAUGGUAGUAGUCAAGGAAAUCAGUAUGGAGCUGCACCGAACAAUAGUCAAUACGCGACUGUCGCUGUUGUCGGGCAAAGUCCAUGUCAGUAUUCUUCUGGAAAUCAGAAUAACUUCUACAAUAACAACGGACAAGUUGCUAACGCGUAUUCUAGUGGACAACCUGGUCAAACAAAUCAAUAUGGCGGCGGUGGUGGUAGUAGUGGUGCUGGUGGUCCUGGUGGUCCUGGUGGAAAUCAAUAUGGAAGUAGUAAUUCGAUUGGCCAAUAUGCCAGUAGCGGAGCUGCGACAACAGGUCAGGGUUAUGGGGUAGGUGUCGCAGUCAACGUUGGUGGUGUCGGCCAGCCGAAUCAGUCUCAGUACAAUAUUGUAUCUCAGGCACAGGCACAAUAUGGUACUAGCCAAAUACAAGCAGUUUCAAGCGCUACGAAUCCUUAUGGAACACCAUCAAAUUCAGUGAAUCAAUAUAGCAGCACUAGCGGUGUAGGUGGUGGUAGCGGUGGUAAUUGUGGAAAUACUGUUGGCAGUGGUAGUGGUGGUCCUGGUAGUGGACAUCACGUACCACCUGUUAAUCCUAAUGUUUACGCUCCUCUCGGCAAUGCUGGUCCUCAACCACCUCCUAUGCUACCAGUGGCUGGGCCUGCCGCUCCACCUCCACCUCCUCCACCACCUGCCCCGAAAAUCAACGCUGUUAGUCUAAAUCCUCUUUCUGGAUCUGGUUCCACUGGAUCAGUAAGUUCUGUCACAAAUAGCGAACCAUCACCAGAUUCCAUCUUGGCUGCAGCAAUUCAAGCAACUCGUCUUAAAAAGAAGCAACAGGCAUCACAGCAACCAAUAGAAAACAGUGGUUCUAGUACUAGUAGCAGUGGAAGUGCUGGAAGCGGAAAUUAUGGUACUUUAGGAAGAGGUGGAGGUGGCGGUAUGGCUUCCAUGAUGGAUGAAAUGGCUAAAACUUUAGCCCGUAGACGAGCUGCCGUUGAGAAAAAACAACCUGAACAACCACAAGAACCUGAGAGUUCACCCGAUAAGAAAUCAUGGGAUAAGAAUAGUUCAUCUAACAAUAAAUUCUCAAAUGGUGCCGAAUCACCAAAAUCGGUUCGCAAGAGGUUUGGUUCAGCUUCGGAGGAUACACUUUUAAAAGUAAACGGUGUUAAUGAUGGGGCUGUGCUCACUGCUCAAGAAAUGGAAGCAUUUAAAGCAGAGAUUAUCAAGGAAGUGCGUAAAGAAUUUCAAAAGAUGAAACAAGAGAUUGUAGAUGCUGUCAGAACGGAACUAAGUAGAAGAUAAGGAUGAGAUGCGGACCAGUUUGAACUAAAACGAAGAAAAAUGAAAAAUUCUACCAUUGUGUAGAUCAACCGAAACGAUCAUCGACACGAAUUUUUUUUUACUACGUAUUCGCGAAAAUGGAAUGCAGUUAUACCCCAUGUAUAUCAGACAUGUUUGUGUGUAAGUACGUUAUAUCUAAUCUAGUGUUUUAAGUGAACCGUACCCUUUCGUUGCUUACUUAAGCGAAUAGUAAGCAAUGUGAUUUUUGGAUAAAAUUGAUUCUGAUUCUACCGAUUCGAUGCACACUACAUUUUAGCAUUCAUAUUAGUCUUCGGUGGUAUUGUACUUUUUUUUUUAUUUUUUUUUUAUGAUCUUUUAAAUUAAUAUAACGAUUAUCAUAUACACUGUUCCGAUAACUUGUUCAUAAUUGAAUCGAACAACCUAAUGUGAUGUAACGUAAUGCUGAUCUCACGCACAAUGGAAAACGCUUGCGUUUUUAUGUAAAUAUCACAAAACUCAAUUCAGCAAGAGACACGUAAAAGGUUAUAAAGAUACCCCCUACUUUAAGAUGCAUUUAAAAUAUCGAAUUAAAAAUAUUUGCAUUUAAUUUUGUUGCGGUCAUAAUGCAAUUUUAUCCUUUUAAGCGUUUUUUUUUUUAUACGUAAUAUACAUUGUAUUGGCAAUAUCGAUAUCACUUGAAUUUUUUCGUACGUACCACCACUUCCAUGUACAGAUUUCAUUAAUACGCACAGUUCAAUACAUUCCAAAUCAAAGUUUUUCGGUAUUGCAAAACAGGUAGAACAGAAUAAAGUGAUCAUCAAUCAACUGCCACACGAUUUUCCAGUAAAGUUAGUUCUCGAUCUACUCGAGAAAUAUGUUUCACAAUUUCUUUGAAUACGAGAAUUAUAUCCGAUCGAUUAAAAAAUCACGAUCGAUUU